GAAGUGUUCAAGGAAGGUGAAGGCUGCCUCUUUAAAACGUGUGGGCCCGAGUUGCCAUUGGAUUAACUAAGGAGUUCUUGGGAACAAUACAAUGGCCCAUUCUCACUCAGCAUAAUCCUUGUAGGUAUUGCAAGCAGUUUCAUAUGACUCUGAAGAGAAAAGGGCUACAACAAGCGCCUAUCCGAACAAGUGUCUCGGCUACAGAUUAAAAAAAUACAAAUGUCAACUUCCCCACCAACAUCUUGCGAUUGGAUGCUCCUGGUUGAACAGAAGAAUAUAAAUGUCCGAGUUACAACCAUGGAUGCAGAGCUGGAGUUUGCCAUUCUGCCCAGCACAACUGGCAAACAGCUUUUUGACCAGAUAGUGAAGACGAUCGGGCUGAGGGAAACAUGGUUCUUUGGCCUUCAGUAUCAGGACAGCAAAGGCUUUUCCACCUGGCUUAAGCUGAACAAAAGGGUGACAGCUCAGGACGUGAAGAAGGACAACCCUUUGUUGAUCAAGUUCAGGGCCAAGUUUUAUCCCGAGGACGUCGCCGACGAACUGAUCCAGGAGGCAACGCAGCGCCUCUUCUUUCUGCAGGUGAAAGAAGGUAUCCUAAAUGAUGACAUAUACUGUCCUCCUGAGACUGCCGUACUUUUGGCCUCAUACGCAGUUCAGGUCAAGCAAGGAGACUACAGGAAAGACUAUCACGUACCGGGAUACCUCACAAGAGAGAAGCUGCUGCCACAGAGGGUUUUGGAGCAGCACAAGCUGAACAAGAGUCAGUGGGAGGAAAGAAUCCAGGUGUGGCAUCAAGAGCACAAAGGAAUGCUGAGAGAGGAUGCGAUGGUGGAGUACCUGAAGAUAGCCCAGGAUCUGGAGAUGUAUGGUGUCAACUACUUCAGCAUCAAGAACAAGAAAGGGUCUGAGCUGUGGUUAGGAGUGGAUGCUCUAGGGCUGAACAUCUAUGACAAAAAGGACAAGAUGACCCCAAAGAUUGGAUUCCCCUGGAGUGAGAUCAGAAAUAUUUCCUUCAAUGACAAGAAAUUCCUCAUCAAGCCGAUUGACAAGAAAGCUCCGGACUUUGUUUUCUACGUACCUCGUCUUCGCAUCAACAAACGUAUCCUGGCGCUGUGCAUGGGGAAUCAUGACCUGUACAUGCGCAGACGUAAACCUGACACCAUUGAAGUGCAGCAAAUGAAGGCCCAAGCCAGGGAGGAGAAGAACAAGAGACAAAUGGAAAGGGCUCUGCUCGAGAGUGAGAAAAAAAAGCGAGAAAAUGCUGAGAAGGAAACAGAGAAGAUUGCUCGUGAGACCAUGGAGCUCAUGGAGAGAUUGAGACAGAUUGAAGAACAGACAAAGAGAGCUCAAGAUGAGCUGGAGGAGCAGACCCGUAGGGCGCUUGAGUUAGAGAAGGAGCGAACAAUUGCUCAGGAGGAGGCUGAGCGCCUGGACAAGGACCGUAGAGCUGCAGUAGAGGCUAAAGCAGCCCUGCUACACCAGUCUGAAAGCCAGAUCAGGAACCAGGAAAGCCUGGCCACUGAGCUGGCAGAUCUUACCUCUAAGAUCUCCCAGCUGGAAGACGCCAAGAAGAAAAAGGACGACGAGGCUAAAAGAUGGCAGAAAAGGGCAAUGAUGGUAGAAGCAGAUUUGGAGCGAACCAAAGAGGAGCUGAAAACUAAACUGAUGGGUGUCCACAUCCAGGAUUCAGUCCACACCCACAUGCACGACCACGAUGAGACAGAUGAGAGCAGCGCCGAGGCUAGCGCCGAGCUGACUUCUCCGGGCAUGGUCCGAGAUCGCAGCGAGGAGGAAAGAGUCACAGAAGCUCAGAAGAACCAGAGACUGCAGAAAAACCUCAAGUUCCUGAGCACUGAGCUGGCUGCAGCUGUAGACGAGAGCAAAAAGACCCCCAAUGACCUGAUCCAUGCUGAGAAUGUGAAGGCAGGCCGCGACAAAUACAAGACCCUGCGUCAGAUUCGUCAGGGCAACACUAAACAACGAAUUGAUGAAUUUGAGUCCAUGUGAGAGAGUCUACAAUCGGCCCACUCAGACCGAUGGCUAGAUAGGGAUAGAUGAUGGCUUGGAUACAUGUAGAGAUUUUAGAAAUUGCAGACUGUUGCAUUAGUAUUAAAUUAACAUCACGUAAUUGUUUGAAUGUGACAACAAAUGAUAUUGUGUUCUGAUGUCUCUAAAGUUUACGAUUUUCAUAGCUUGCCAUUUCAUUAGAAAACAAGUCACCACUGAGGAAAAGAAAACUGUCCUUGGAAAUACAUUUUUAAUUUCGCACAAACAAAAACCAAACACUCCCAGUCUAGUCUAGUGUUGCAAACAAAUAAUACUAAUUAUCAUCAUUGCUCUUUUUUCUUAUUAAAAAAAAAGAUUUGCUGUUGUCGAUCUGAUUAGACACAACUGCAAUUUCAGUAUGCCAUAUGGAAAACCUUAUCAAUGUUGAUUAAUUGAAGCAAUGACAUUUAAGGCAAUUGUUAUUAUUCCAACUAGAUGUGAAAUUCUGUCUUCUUUAUCUCGGAAAUAAAAACAAAGAGAAACACAA